UUAAACCAAUACUUGCAAAGGUGAAACGAGAAGUUUGUUCCUCGUAAAUAAAGAAUCCGUUUAGUACCGAAAAAUGGAAUUUCAAUGUUUAAUUUGCAAAAUGACAUUCUCCGAAAGAAGUUCAUUUAUUCAUCAUCAAGCAAGUCAUGCAGAAGACAGACACGAGUGUCAAAAAUGUGGAAAAGAGUUUUUCUGUUUACAAGAUUUACAACUACACGAAAAAACCCAACAUGAAGCAAGACUUUAUGUUUGUGAAAUAUGCAACGCUACAUUUGAACAACGAGAAACUUAUAUGGUUCACCAGAUAGUGCACCAGAUAGAGCAACAUAAUCUGCAAAUAGAACAAGAGAAAAAUAAGCAUGCGAGUGAACAAUCACAUAGAUGUUUGGAUUGUCAACAAGUUUUCAAUGGUGAAGUAGAAUUACGAAAGCACGGAGAAGAAAAACACAGAUUUGAAACAUUUUAUUACCAAUGCAGAUAUUGUAAAGAAAUAUUUGCCGAUAGUGACACGUAUAAAUCGCAUCGUAGAGAACAUUUUUCACAUUCAGUCCUGCAGGAACUAUUAAUGCGUAAAGAGCCGUCUUUACCACAAAACUUUCCUGAACUGCAAACGAAACCAGGAACUUCUUCAGCACAAACACUCCAGGAGCCAUCGAUGCAAGCAAGUCCUUUAACACAAAUUGUGGAGGCACCACGGAUGCAAGCAAGACCGUCCUCAACAGUAAUUGUUCAGAAUCCACAGAUUCAAGCAACACUUUCAUCACAGAUAUUGGAAGCACCACGGGUGCAAGCAGGACCGUCCUCAACACAAACCCUUCAGAAAUCAAUGGAACCGAGGAUGCAAGCAAAACCUCCUUUAACACAAACCCUGGACGAACCAAAGAUAAGAGCAGAAACAUCAUCCACACAAUCCUUAGAAAAACUAUCGAUGCCAGUAGAACCUUUGUUAAAUGCACUUCUUCAGGAACUUUUGAAACAAGCAGGAUUUCAUAUUUCCACAAUACUGCAGAAAUUAUUUAUGAAAACAGGGUCCUCGUUAAUUGCAAUGCUGCAGGAACAAUUAAUGCAAACAAGUCCUUCUACAAUAGAAACCCUGAUAAAAGCAGGGAUGCAAGCAGGACCUUUUAUUCAAAACCGGCAGGAAGAGCAAAGUCCAAAGGAAUCUACAACACAAACUCUGCAUAGCCUCCAUGAUUCUGCUCAAACUUCGAACAAAGAAAAUAUUCAAGCAAGACCUUUCUCUACUGAAAUUUCGGAGGAAAGUAUGAUGCAACUAUCAUCCUCAACUGAAUUCUCACAGGUAGUAGAACCGUUUACUGAAAUUCUGCCCACUUUUCAUGAUUCUUCUAUAUUUUCAUCAACACAAAUGUCUGAUAAAAAAGGGAAGCAAUUUCCACAUGCUCAAAUUCUUCUAGAGGACUGGACGCAAGCAGGACCUCUGUUUACUAAUAUUUCGGAAAAAGGUGUGAUUCAAGAAGAAUCUUUUUCAAGUGAGACUUCGGAAAAAGUAUUGAUGCAUGCAGAGUCUUUAACAGAAACUGUUUCCAGUUUCCAUUAUUCGUUUUCAACUGAAACUUCGAAUAAAAAAGACAUGCAAGCAGGAUUUUCUACUCGAAUCAAUCAUGAUAUAGAAGUGGAAUCGGGCCCUUCUACUCAGUCUUUACCUUCUUUCUCUGUUUUUCUUGAACAAUCUCAAACGCAAACUCCGAGUAAAAAACAGAAAAAUUAAGCUGGACGAAUAGCUUUUUUAUUCUAUUUAAGUUUGAAAAGAAAACUCGACUAAAUGAUCAAUUGUAAAAAUAUAUAGAAAUAAGUUACUAGACAAUUUUGCUUUACAGUGAUUUACAAUGUAUUUUUAAAAAUUUAAUUCGAAUAAUUUUACUGUAAUUUCAAUUGAUUUGAUUGUCUAUUUGUAUGUGAAAUAUAUCGUUAAUAAUAAAAUAAAGUCUAUAAAAUAAGAAUGU